AUGACAAGGUUGUACAGAACCAAAAUAACACCGGAUUUGACACGUAUAAUAAAAGAAUUGAAGGACCAACAGGUUCUAGAGAAACCUGCACAAAUAACACCAAGCUUCCUGUCAAAAAUGUUCAUAGCACCAAAGUCGAACGGCGGCCUGCGUCCAAUCUUCGAUCUGAGAGGUUUAAACAGGUUUGUGCAUUCAAAACACUUCCAACUGAUUCCUCAUGCUUCAGUUCCAGAGUUCCUUCAGAAAGAAGAUUGGAUGGUCAAAAUAGACAUGUCGAAUGCAUACUUCCACGUACCAAUAGCCGAAGCCCAUCGCUGUUAUCUCAGGUUAGUGUACAAUGGAGAGCUUCUACAGAUGUCAUCCCUACCCUUCGGCCUAGCAUCCGCACCUCGCACUUUUGCAGCAUUGACGAACUGGAUCGCGGAGAUCCUACGUUCGAGAGGAAUUCGAGUUCUAGUCUACCUAGACGAUUUCCUCCUGGUCAAUCAGGACCAGACCAAGUUGAUCUCUCAAACUUCGGAAGUUGGCCGCCUCCAUUGUCGUUACCUUCAAAUUUUUCUGAAACGUUUCAAAUCCAAUCAAAACUUGUUGCUGGUUUUACCCCCACAAGUACGGAACGACAUGAAAUGGUGGAGCAAGUCAAUUCAGAACAAGUCGGACUUGCAUCAAUCCCCAUACACCCACUUCCUGACUACCGAUGCGUCGGACUCGGGUUGGGGAGCUCAGUUGAACGAGACCCUCUUAUCGGAAUCUUGGACAAAAGAACAGAGGAGGAAGCACUCGAACUGGAAAGAGCUGUUCGCAGUAUAUGCAUCGAUUCGGGAUCAAUUCCAUCGUCUGCAGAAUGCCCAUAUUCUAGUCCAGUCCGACAACCGAACUUUGGUGUCCUACAUUCGGAAGGAAGGGGGAACGCACUCUUUGGAUUUACUCAAUCUGACAUGCAAGUUGUUGAAGCUGACAGACAGGCUAAACAUAACCCUGUCAGCACACUACCUCCCGGGGAGGUACAACUGCACUGCCGAUCGCCUCUCACGAGCACGGCAGAUAUCGGAAUGGCACCUGUUGCCCACUGCAACAAACCGAUUAUUUCAUCGUUGGGGCACACCAGACGUCGAUCUGUUCGCGUCUGCCGAAACAGCCGUGGUCAACAGGUACGUCUCGCUAGACUGCAAAGAUCACUCAGCACUCUUCUCAAACGCCUUCAGUCAAGAGUGGGAAUUUCAACUGGGCUGGAUUUUCCCUCCACCCAAUCUCAUCCCUCGAGUUCUGGCCCAUCUGAACAGCGCCAAGGGUCUGUACAUUGUAAUUACUCCUCUUUGGGAGAAAACAUUUUGGUUGGCAGACUUGAGGUCACGAGCCUUAGAACCCCCUAUAACGAUAGAGAGGCUCUCGGAGUGCCUAGUGGACACUGCCACGAAACGUCCACCAGUACAAGUCGACCAACUGAACCUACAGGCUUGGUUAAUUGGAGGUGGGGGGAACAAACUAGUAACUGGUCAGAAUCCGAAAAGCAAUUGUUACGUACCAGUUGGCGGCAAUCCACAAUGA